GCUUGACAGCCACCUCCAGGGAGGUUAAUGUAAUCAAAUGGUGUAGUAUUUAGCUAACAAUAUAAGAAAAACCUCGAUAAGGAAUAGAAAAUCAAGGCUGCAGUUCGCCGUUGUGCGCUACUCUUGUGAACGUCGGCGAAGAUGGGAAACGGCAUAAAUAAGGUCCUGCCGGAUUUGUACCUGGGGAACAUCAAAGAUGCACGGGACAGAGAACAGCUGGCGAGGCACAACAUCACCCACAUUCUCUCCAUCCACGACAGCGCUGCUCCGCAGCUACCGGAGAUGACAUACCUUUGCAUUCCUGCUGCAGAUCUGCCUUCACAAAACCUGGUCCAGCACUUCAAAGACAGCAUCGUGUUCAUGCACGAGUCCCGGCUGAAGGGAGAGGGCUGCCUGGUGCACUGCCUAGCGGGCGUGUCCCGUAGUGUCACUCUGGUGGUGGCCUACAUCAUGACGGUGACAGGGCUAGGCUGGCAGGACGCCCUGGCCGCUGUGCGAGUGGCCCGCCCCUGCGCCGGUCCCAACAUCGGCUUCCUGCGCCAGCUGGAGGAGUUCGAGAGCACUCAGGCUGCCCAGUACAGGGAGUGGCUGAAGGAGAAGUACAAAGAGAACCCCUUUAACGAUGAGGAGGAGAUCAGGGUGCUGUUGGCCAAGAACCCUAAAUCCACCUGCGUGGAGACACCACCCCCGGCGAUGCGGAACACCUGACGGCAUCGUCACGGUGUCCGUCCACGCAGCGUGUCCCCUCCCACACCUGGGCACCGCAUUCGGAGCAGAGUAUUCUUCGCCAAUCACCUCUUUUCGUUUUACAGGAGCGUUGGACCGAGCCGUGCUUGUGCACGCGCGCGUGUGUGGGGUCGUGGCCUUUGCUCUGGGAGGGAUGAGAGCGCAUAUUCAAGCCUGUGAAAGCAUUGUUUGCAAUGGGCAAUGCAGCCUCACUCAGUUUGGUUGAUGGGGAAACACUACUGUCCAAAUCCACUUUUUAAUGUAUGUAAAUAAGUACACUAUGUAUAUUGUUCACAGUUUUUUU